AUGGUGGAUAGGAGAGAGAGUAAUAUCUCUCACACACAGUUUACACACAGUUCCUCACACUUCGGUGGAUAUUCAUCGUCAUCAUCGAACAGCUGCCCAUCCUUCUCCUCCGUGUUGCUCGACGAGAUUUACCGGUCGAUCGAUCGGCCGGAAGAAGAGAUGCACACGAUAACGAAGAAGAGUGACGGUCAUGCUAACGUGCGCCCAGCGUACAUUAAGAGUGAUGAAUUAGGAAUUCCGGCGAAUGAUUAUUACCAGCGUGCUUGCAUGGUUGAGAAAAGGAUGGAGGCGAAUAAGACUCGAAAAAUCCGGCACGGUUCGAGCUCCGCCAGCUCUUGGGAUUCAUUAGGCGGCAGCGGCGGCGGGGGCGGAGGCGGAGGUUUCUUCUCCUCCUCGGAAGCUGAAUCGUUUCGGUCGCAGAAAUUCGGCGGCGGUGGCGAGAUCAAUACGGAUCCCGAAGUAAUUAUCAGUCCGCGUGAUCGACGGGGGUUUGAGGAUCGAAUGGGGCAGAAAUCGAAGACGAAACUGCGAGCGCUGAGAAUAUACGGCGAUUUGAAGAAGAUGAAGCAGCCGAUUUCUCCCGGCCGGAAACUCGCCGGAUUUCUGAACUCACUCUUCACCGCCGGAAACCUAGGUCUGAAGAAGAAGCAGACCGGAACCCCAACCAUCCCCGGCGGCGAAAAUUCUCCAACGCUGAAAUCGACCAAUUACCCAUCCACGUCGUCGUCUGCUUCCUCAUUCUCGAGGUCGUGCCUGAGCGGCAAAAUGCCGCCGCCGCCGAGUGGGAAAUCCUCCGGCGGCGGGAGAUCAAGGAAGGUGAGCUUCUUUCCGAUGAGCGCGAUCUCCGAUGAUGAGGACUUCCCCAACAACAACAACAACGUCAGUAUUAUGAAAACCGCCAUUGAUGAAGAGAUCAUGGCGCACAUGAUGAAGAAAAAUCGACGAGUGGGAGAAGCUGCUAGAGAUUUUCUCGUAAAUAAUUAUCAAAAGAAAACCGAAACGGAGGAAGAAGAAGAAGAAGAAGAUGCAGCAAGUUGUGGAAGCUCGGAUUUAUUCGAGUUGGAUAUAUUUGGAGCAUUGGAUAAUGGAGAGAUACACACAAGAGUUGCCGGUUUAUGA